AUGGCCGUCCCGUCCCGAAAUAUCUUUUCUAUCUUUGACAUCAUUUUGACGGAUUCAACGGUCGAUGCGGCUCGCCGUGUUCUCCCCAACAGUCCGGUUUGCGUUCUGGAAGCCGAAUCUGUGAAGAUUGCAAACUGGUCUAGAUGCCGAACCCUGCAAAGCCUCGAGCGUGGCGGCAUCUCCGAGCCGGUCAGGUCCCGUUUCAGCCGCUAUUGA